CACCCACUCUCCUCCUCCCUCGUCCCUUCUCCAGUUCUCCCCUCUCCCAUAAGUCAACUCUCCUCGCCUCCUCCGCGGCUAGACCGCAGCUAAUGCUCCGCCCAUUAUAACCACCCAACCCUCCCCCCAUCCGCAGCCCUCCGCUCCGCUCCGCUCCGCUCCCCUUCCCCCGUCUCCCGUCCCGGUCCCGCCAUGGGGAACUCCCUCGCCUGCUUCUGCUGCGCGGGCGGCGCCGCCGGCCGCCGCCGCCACGUGGCGCCCGCCGCGCUCCCCUCCGACCCCGCCUACGACGAGGGCCUCGGCCACUCCUUCUGCUACGUCCGGCCGGACAAGGUGCUCGUGCCGUUCUCCGCGGACGACGACCUCGUCGCCGACGCCAAGGCGGCUGCCGCGGCCGAGGAGGCCACCACGUUCCGGGCCAUCUCCGGGGCCGCGCUCAGCGCCAACGUCUCCACGCCGCUCUCCACCUCCGUUCUCCUCCUGCUGCCGGACGACUCCACGGCCUCGUCGGCCGCCGCAGCAUCCUCCGGGUUUGAGAGCUCCGAGUCGUUCGCCGCCGUGCCGCUGCAGCCCGUCCCGAGGUUCCCGUCGGGGCCCAUCUGCGCGCCCGCCGGGGGCGGGUUCCUCUCCGGGCCCAUAGAGAGGGGGUUCCUCUCGGGACCCCUCGACGCCGCGCUCAUGUCCGGCCCGCUCCCUGGCGCCGCCACAUCCGGCCGCAUGGGAGGCGCCGUGCCCGCGCUCCGCCGGAGUCUCUCGCACGGCGGCCGCCGCCUGCGGAAUUUUACCCGCGCGCUUCUCGCGCGGGCGGAAAAGCUUCAUGAUUCCCUGGAUCUCGGCUCGCCCGACGCCGCGGCCGCCGUGGCCGCCUGUGGUGGCGGCUCCGCCGGGCUGCAGUGGGCGCAGGGGAAGGCCGGCGAGGACCGCGUCCACAUCGUGGUGUCCGAGGAGCGGGGCUGGGUGUUCGUCGGCAUCUACGACGGCUUCAAUGGUCCUGACGCCACGGACUUCCUCGUCACCCAUCUCUACGCCGCUGUGCAUCGCGAGCUCCGCGGCCUGCUCUGGGAUCAGUGCGAGCGGGAGGAGCAGCACGACACACAUCCCGACCAGCCGACCAGCACCACGGCCUCAGAUCAUCCGGACCAGCCCCCCAACCGCCGCCGCGCCCGCCGAUCAAGACCCCCGCGCGGCGCCGAUGAUGACCAACGGCGGUGGAAGUGCGAGUGGGAGCGCGACUGCUCCAGCCUGAAGCCGCCAACUCAGCGCCCUGCUAGGAGCAGCAGCGAGAACGACCACCUCGCCGUGCUUAAGGCGCUUGCACGCGCGCUUCGCAAGACCGAGGAAGCCUACCUUGACGUCGCCGAUAAGAUGGUCGGAGAGUUCCCAGAGCUUGCGCUUAUGGGCUCUUGUGUUCUAGCCAUGCUUAUGAAAGGGGAGGACAUGUACCUCAUGAAUGUAGGUGACAGCCGGGCUGUCCUGGGAACAAUGGACAGUGUUGAUCUCGAGCAGAUCAGUGAGGGUUCAUUCGAUGGAUUGGUUGGGGAUGGCACUCCGCUCUUGUCAGCUGUGCAGCUUACAUCAGAACAUAGCACGUCAGUGCGAGAGGAAGUUUGCAGAAUACGGAACGAGCAUCCUGAUGACCCGUCCGCAAUCUCCAAGGACCGUGUGAAGGGCUCGCUUAAGGUGACGAGAGCGUUUGGAGCUGGUUACUUGAAACAGCCCAAGUGGAAUGAUGCGCUGCUGGAGAUGUUCAGAAUAGAUUACGUCGGGUCAUCCCCGUACAUCACGUGCAAUCCUUCACUCUUUCACCAUAGACUCAGCACAAGGGACAGAUUCUUGAUACUAUCUUCAGAUGGGCUUUACCAAUAUUUCACCAACGAGGAGGCGGUUGCUCAGGUUGAAAUGUUCAUCGCAACAACCCCUGAAGGCGACCCUGCCCAGCAUCUGGUGGAGGAAGUUCUUUUCAGAGCUGCAAACAAAGCAGGAAUGGACUUUCAUGAAUUGAUCGAGAUACCACAUGGCGACCGUCGGCGAUACCAUGACGACGUAUCUGUCAUUGUAAUAUCUUUGGAGGGCAGGAUCUGGAGAUCAUGUGUGUAAAUAGGUCAGCCAUACUAGUACUAGAUUAGAGAAAGAAACGUAUAUAGAGAGAGAGAGAGAGGUUCUUGAAGGCGAGACCUCCCAGCUGCUACUGUACAAUAUCAUUGAAGCACUGGGUGGGCUUGGGAUCUCGGCGCAUCCAAGUUGAAUCACGAUGAGGUCGUGGAUUAUGCCGAUGCAGUGCCGUAUAAGAUGUUCAUGUAAAAGAGGAUUUGUUCAAUUAUUAAUAACUAAAAUAGUGACCAAUUGGUCAACUUUCUUUGAA